UUGGUAGUAGGAGUUGGGUAAGAGGUGGACAGGCCGGGAGAGAGGCGCUGAUAAAUGGGGAGAGCCAUAUCGGGGAUGGAAGAUGACGGACCGAUAAACGACGCUUGUAAAAUGCCGAGAUUUAUCAGCAGUUUAGAGGAAGGGAGUGUGAAGCUGUCCUGCUACCUGCCGACAGAAACUUCCUUCACGGACAGCAAAGUUGAGCGGUCGGGCAGAGAUUUGAGCCGCCGUGUCACCAGGUCCACCUCGCGGUUAUCUCUGGACGGAGGUGAGCGGGACCCCGGGGAGAGGAGCAGCGGGGAGGAAAGUGAUGCGAGGGGCAAUAACAACAACAACUGCAACGGUGGCGGAGGAGAGAGGAGGAGGGCGAGCGCUGUCGAGAUUUUGAGGAGGAAUUUCGGGGUGUCAAAGUCUACCUCUCUGUGUCUAAAUACGAGCAGUCGAAUGCCGCGUGGUGCUGAACAUGAACACACCGAGGGAACCGUUAAUAACGACGUUUCCAUCGGUAAUGGAACGGAACGUGGCGAAUGUAAAAAGUCGGAGCGAGAAACGGGCGAAGUGGGGACUAAAAACGAGCCCACCCUGCGCGAGUUGACCACUUCUUCUGUUCACGGAGUUGAAUUUGUGAGCGUUACAGGUGAGCGUCAUUAUACAUAUGACAGUGACGGCAACACGGUCACUCUAGACGAGCCUUUUUACCCUAAAGAACACAUCUACUGCACUGUUUACUGUAUUGCUAGCGACAGCCAACGAAAAGACUCUGAAAUCACAGACGAUGUCACCACUGACGCAACAGAAAUGGACUUUGAGGCAGUACAGGACGCGGGUUCGACUCCCGAACCGGUCUUGUACACAUUGGAGGACCUGGUGGACCCUUUCGGGGACAUGUCUCACCGGCUGUCCAUGGAGCAGGACAGUGCAGAGACUGCAAUGCAGAGUUGCCGGGUGUGCCUGGAAGAUGAAACCAUCGCACCCCUGCCCUGCUGCAGGAAGGCCGUGUGCGAUGAGUGUCUGAAACUCUACGUCAGCUCCCAGGUGCGAGUUGCCAAAUCUUACAUCAGCUGUCCGAUCCCAGAGUGCAGCGGCUACCUGGAUGAGGAAGUGGUGAUUUCCCAUUUAGCCAAUGAAGACGUGGCAAAAUACCGUUACUUCCUGGAGCUGAGUCAGCUGGACUCGAGCACCAAACCCUGCCCCCAGUGCAGCGAGUUCACCUCGCUGAAGAACCACAACCACAGCCGCUCCGAGCACAAGUACAAGAUCCUGUGCAACAAUUGCCAGUUCGUGUGGUGCUUUAAGUGCCACGCGCCAUGGCACAACGGGGUCAAAUGUCGCGAGUACAGGAAGGGAGACAAGCUGCUUCGAAACUGGGCGAGUGUCAUAGAGCACGGACAGAGGAAUGCCCAGAAGUGUCCACAGUGCAAGAUCCACAUUCAGCGCACAGAGGGGUGUGAUCACAUGACAUGUACGCAGUGUAACACUAACUUCUGCUACCGCUGCGGGGAGCGCUACCGGCACCUAAGGUUUUUCGGGGACCACACAUCCAACCUCAGCGUGUUUGGAUGCAAGUACCGCUAUCUACCUGACAGACCUCAUCUGAGGCGACUAAUUAGAGGGUCGGUCUGCGGCACUAAGGUGCUGAUAGCUCCCGUGGUCAUUCUGCUUGUCGUGGUGCUCGGAGCUCUCGCACUGGUGAUAGGUUUGGUAGUCUUCCCCGUCUACUAUGUGUGUAAGAGGAGGAAGAAGCAGCGCUCGCAGGGCUCGGGGCGGUGGAUCUAACUGAAACCUGUACUUCAUCUAGACCACACACACACACACACACACACACACACACACACACACACAGACACAGCUUGAAAGACAACACCCACAUCUCCUCAGGGAUGAACAAGCCAGCCUGAGUCAUCGAAAAAAGUCUUGAGAGGAACAUAAAAAAUAAAAAAACCACAAUGGCAGUGUGACCUUUUAAGGUGGAAGGAGGUACAGCGAGGCCUGGAUUAUCACACUUGGAAAAUAUGUGUCUCUCACUGGAACACUGCUGGAAAAGGAAUGCAGGAUAUUUAAAUUUUAAAAAAAGGCAGGUUAAGCUGACUCCUGGAGCAAACACCGUCUUGUGGUGUGCUCUUCACAUGAUGGAAGUGUUUGAAUCCCCUCAAUCCUCCACUGAAUCUCACAGCUGUCACAGCGGACAUAAUAUAGGAAGUUUUAGAAGAGAAUGUGUGCAAGCUUUUUACCCUUCUGUUACACACAACUAACAACAGCUAUCUUGAGGGAGAACAAAUCAAAACAAACGUAAUCAGUUUGUGUUUACACCCACACUUGGGAGAAGGUGCUCAAAAAGCAAGCAUGGAUACCCGGUUGGUCGGCCUGAUAUGAAGACGAUGCUACAGUAUGGAUAUUUUAAAGGUUUAAAUGUUUCACAGCAUUGGGUAUAAAGUAUGGACACUGACAGAAGAUGAUAGGAGGAGCUUGUAGCAGUGAAAUGGGAGGAGCUAAUAGCUUCUUUGGAAAAGGUUCUUCAGUUGAAUGAAAAUGGUUUUUGGACCUUGCCAUGAUGGAAAAACGAGUUCUCUUAGACGCAAAAAAGGCUGGACAUUUGGGGUCUUUGACAUCCACACACUAGAACUUGGAAGGAUUGAAGAAUGGUACUCAACGAUUCUUUGGCUGAGAUUGACUCCUAGUUUUAAAAACCAUACCCACCAUAAUUCAACAAAAAGGGGUCAUGUUUGCAGGGAAUAUCUAGCCUAUUAACCCCCAAAGGAAAUAUUAGAAAGUUACAUUUUGCUAAGCGUCUGUUGUUUCAUGCUGUGGAUCUAAAUCAACUCCUCCUUUUUGCGGUCUUCCUCACUUUCCUUUUGUCUCUACCCCGGUUGGAUAGCGGCUCACACAAGCUGCCUGCCAGUAUCUGCAUCAUCAGAAAAAAAAAAACGCUGCUGUGCGGCAACUGUGCCAAAACAAAACGCUGAAUGUGGCGGGACAGAAGGUCGACACUGUCCCUUUUGUUAACUUUCUUUGUUGUUAUUUUUGAGGGGCUGCUUGUUGCGGAGGUUUUGGGCGGUGCUGCUGUCAGUGUGUGGUGGAGUCUGCAUACAGAAAUAUAGGAGGAUUGCAGGAAAGUAAGGAGGUUUUUAAAAAGUGGAUAUCAUCAUGUGCAUUGAAGUGUGUGCUAGAAUUAUUUUAUAGAUCAUCAGGUUUUUAAGAAUUGAUGCAUAGAGGUUGGAUUUGCUUCGGAUUUUUGCUGUGAUACUGUUCAGAGGAUGUCUGUCUGUCUUAAGGGUUUGGAUAGUGACAUAUUGGCUUUUAACAUGCACAUACUUAACUCAUUCACACACACAGUGCUGCCAGGAAACAGGAGAUUUUCAAGAGCUUUAUAGGUCGUCACCUGGCUGCAGCCUGCUUGCUGUUCUUCACUUAUCCCUCUUUCCUUUCCUGCCCAAAAAAAAAGAAAUGACCCAAAUCCGCAACUUUUUGUGUCAUGCCAACUCUUCAUAAAGCAUUGUUUUUUUCUUUAGAUGCUCCAUUUCAAACUAAUUGAGAUGUUUAAGAAAACGCAGCGAGGAAGCACAAUAUAUCGGCACAUAGAAGAUGCUAGAAAAGGAUAAGGAUUGAUAGUUAUAAAAUAAAUUAUGCAAAACGUACUCACAUGCGAGAUCAAUGCAUUUUUAAAUCUGCCAUGGUUAGCAGUGGAAGAUUUCAAGAGUGUUGCAGCACAUUUCGUCACUGAAUCUUUACUCACACCAGGAUUCAAGGCCUGAACGAAAAGCAGGGUUGAUGUUCGUGCAUGUCUCUUGUCUUUAUCCCAGUGAUCUGACACCUUUUCUGUCUAGUACAGUCAAACUGUACAUACAAUAUGUUAUAACACAGUGAUUUUAGGAGAUCCUGGGAUUAAAUCAGCUCUCAGGGAGUUUGUUUUAUGUUCACUGUACCCAGAGCCAUCCAUCCACUUGAGCUGUGCCGCAGAUAUCGCUGAGUGGCACCGUAUAGUUGAGUCGUUCCCCAAACCAUGUUUUCCCAGAGCCGUUUUAGAACCUUAUUUAAUUCCAGGAAGUAAUAACACUGUAGUGAAAAAAAGAGAUCCACAUUUCUGUCAUUUUUUUCCCAGCGUGACUCAGUUGUUUUUGUGAACUCUGCUUGGGGGUCAGGUGACUAAAAAUAGAACAAGAUAAUAUGAAUUAGUAACACAGCACGGGGAAGCGAACCGUGUAAGCCAUGUGCAAAAAAAACAUGGAACUUAUCUUCUUAACUAUUGUUCACUACUUCAUGCAUAUGUGUUUAUCUUACUGCUUGGCUAGUUCUACACUGACAGGUUGACUUUUUUUGUUUGUGUGAAUGAAAUAUGAGUGACAGGGUUUGGGCAGAUGUUUUAUUUAUUUUACUAUUACCACAGCGUUUAAGCACAAACUGUUGCCCUGAAGUUUUACAUUGUACCAGCAACAUCAUCAAAUUACAUCUUGGAUAAUUGAUUUAUAAUUAUAUAGUUCAGUGAAAACAUUUUUGUCAAAUAACUUCUUAGGAGCUUCAGUUUAACUGUUUAUCUGGCUUAGUUUUGCUCACUGGCAUACAUUCAUUUCAAAUAUGACUAGGUAUGUCACGAGAACCAAUAACAUUUUUCAGGGAAAACUUUAAUAAAGACAUUUUUCCCAGCAGUAUGAAAUAGAUAUUAUAUUUGUUAUUAGAUUUAGGGGUAGUUAUGACAUCUUUAGGGGUAAUGAUGACCCGUUCAGCUUCUUAACAUAACGUACAGAGGAUAUAUUAUUUUAUUUAUAAUUAUUUUAUUGUGGUAUGUAAUCGGUAACGUGGCGUUUCACUUGUAUUAACCUUAUUACAUUUCUGGUAUCGUGACAUCCCUAUUCUUACCUGGUUACAGCUUCAGGACAAAUAUAUGUUGACGCCUUGGUCACCCCCUUUUACCAGAUUUAUUUGACUUUGAUCAGUAGAAACGUGUGAUGAGUCUGCUCAUGUGGAAUUGCCAUCAUUGCUUUGUUUUGUUUUUGUACGCUUGCAUAAUACUGACUAGAAUUUUUAAGUAUUGAGCAACCGUUUUGGGUAAUGCUGAACCUGCAAAAAAAAGUUGCUCAAUAACAAAUCAUUCGUUGACAUGAGCAUUAUUGAAGCCAAUGAUUGUUUUUCUUUGCUGGGGUAUAUUGGCUGGCUGAUUCCCCCUGGCCUUUAUGUUUGUGUUACAAUCCCCUUCAUAUUGGCAUAAAUACGCAAUAGUGCCUUCACAGCCAUUAUUGAUCAGGGUGUGCCAACCUGUGUUUCAGUGACUCCAAAGAUUACGAAUAGGGGUAAAAUCUAUCAAACCCUCAUUAAGGUUUGUGUUGUAACAGUUAAAGGAAAGCAAAUGUUUUAAAUUAUUGACCUUUAAUGUAUGAGAAACCACUGUAAAUGAUAUAUGUAAGGACCCCAAGGUACAGGGAAAUGUGGCGUGCAAUCAGAUUAAGAAUGUUUUUGAAAUAGUUUAAGAUUAAACCAAACUUCUUAAUGUUACAGGCAACCACAUUACAGGUUGUCAGCUGUAUCCCAAAUGCUAUUAUAGUUUUGCACAUGUUCAACUGUCACUUUAUCUUGGCUCAUAUGAACCUCCCCCUUCUUACUAUGUAGGUUAAAAAGACAUGUCAUGAGGCAGCAAAAAUGAUCCGUAAAGGAAGUGGUUAUAUGAAAAUGCUGUGUCAUUUUAGUGAUAGGUUGAUUUUAACUCAGGAGGCCUGUGAAUAUUGGUUUAAAUGGUGUGUCAUCAGUAACAUUAGGAUGCAUUUUCACAAACAAUACAUGCCAACAUUGUAUGUCUACACACUGCUUUGUUUUGAGUGUAUUUCUAUUCAAAGAAACAUCUUAAACUUGAUUACUGUGCUCCUUGUUUGCACUUUCUUCCACCUGCUGCCACCGUUAAAGACUUCUGCUGAUAUUAUUACACACUUAACCAGGCACACAAAAUGUUUUCUUCUAAUGAUCUGAUGAAGAAUAAACUGGGUCAAAUGCCAAAA